AGUGGAUGCCAGUCAUACAUCAGAGUGUAGAUAUAUGCACCUAGCCAGACCCAAACUUCAGCAGUCCGAGAGAAUCACUCGUGAGAAAUACAUUAAGAAAUCAGCACCACUCGGCAGGCAAAAACAUGUACGUGGUGGUUAUUUGCAUUAAAUUUCUGCUGCAAGCUUGCAUCGACUGGGUGAGCGAAAUAUCACGGGGGUUGAUAAAGCUCAUAGCCUUGGGUAAAUUUAGGAUCAGUGAGAGGAGGCGGGAAAGAGUUAAGAGGAGGGAGGAGAAGAGCAGGGAGCGGACCACAACUCCCACCAGUGUCAAUUACCAUUUCACCCGCCAAUGCAACUACAAGUGCGGCUUCUGUUUCCACACCGCCAAGACAUCUUUCGUGUUGCCCCUGGAAGAAGCCAAAAGGGGGCUGAAACUGCUAAAGGCAGCAGGCAUGGAAAAAAUUAACUUUUCGGGCGGAGAACCUUUUCUGCACAAUCGUGGGGAGUUUCUAGGCAAACUGGUACAGUAUUGUAAACAGGAGCUGAAACUGCCCAGUGUCAGCGUUGUGAGUAAUGGGAGUCGGAUCACCGAGAAGUGGUUCAAAAACUACGGUGAGGAUCUGGACAUUUUGGCUGUUUCAUGUGACAGUUUUGAAGAGGACACCAAUCGUCUGAUAGGCCGUGGACAAGGGAACAAAAAUCACAUUGAGAACCUCCUCAAGGUCAGAACAUGGUGCAAAGAUUACAAAGUGGCUUUUAAAAUCAACUCUGUCAUCAACAGAUUCAAUCUUGAAGAGGAUAUGAAUGAACAAGUCAUGAUGGUGAAUCCAGUAAGGUGGAAGGUAUUCCAGUGCUUGUUGAUUGAAGGGGAGAAUGCUGGAGAAGAAGCUCUGAGACAUGCAGAAACUUUUGUUAUCAGCAACAAAGACUUUCAGAGAUUUUUGGAAAGGCAUAAAGAGAUCAAGUGCCUUGUGCCUGAGUCUAAUGAGAAGAUGCGAGAUUCCUACCUCAUCCUUGAUGAAUAUAUGCGCUUCCUUGAUUGCACCAAAGGCAGAAAAGAUCCAUCCAGAUCUAUCUUGGAUGUAGGCGUUGAGAAUGCUAUUAAAUUUAGUGGGUUUGACGAGAAAAUGUUUUUUAAACGUGGGGGUAAAUAUACAUGGAGCAAAGCGGAUAUGCAUUUGGAUUGGUAACUGAUUGCUGUUCUACAUUCCUGCUUGUACAGAUGAUAGACAGUGUCCAUGCUAUACAUUGUUUUGUAUAAUAUUGCAGAAUUUUGGACUAUUUUAAUUGUCUAAAAGAAUAUGGCACUCAAUGCUACAUCCUUUCAACUACACCAUAGUUAUACAUAGCAAUAUGGGAUGUAUUUCUUGCACAUGUAAAAAUCACUGCACCAGUUUGUAGUGAAGUGUAGAACUUACAACAAUGGAACAAAACAUGAUUGCAAAAGAUAUAAUUAUUUUUCUCCAUGUUUUGCAAUCUUUUCUGAAAUGCUUAAUAGAUUGUUAUUGUCUUGAUUAUAAUGUAUUGAAAACCUCUUGGACUGAGAGUUUUGAAAAAAAGAUUUGAAGUGCUUUGUCCACCCUGAUAUCACGCAAUACCACAUCUGAAAAGAAUAGUCAAUUGCAAUAUGGACAAUGGGUUUGGGAGAUUGACUAAACUUUAAAUGGUUUAUGCUUUUAUUACGUUUCAAACAAGCUGUAUUAAUGGUUCAUAUAUUAAAUAAAAUGAAAAAUCUUAAAAUCUAUUUUUAAAGCAAAAUAUCAAAGACUAGAUUUCACAAUAAUACAGUAGUUGUAUUUAUUUUCAAUAUGGCCAUCAUAUUUAAUAGAGAGAACUAUCACUUCUACAUUAUAAAAAUGUGUUUUUAUUUUUUUACAUAGUGAAUGUUUGAAUUGUAUUAAUAUAUGAUGCAAGGCACUUCAUAGUAUAUACAGUCCGUUCUGUUAAUUCCCAGUGAAUAAUCACUUUAGUAUUAAAUUGAUCCAUUUGUUUCAGCAGAAAAGCUUACUUAUUAGAAGUUUAUCAUCACUUAUUUAUACCACAUGUCACUAUUCCAGCAAUGGUUUCCCUUUUUGCUAAAGGCACUUUUGGGACUAUCUUGAUACAGCCUCACAGUACCAAUUUGUUCAGAAUUCUAGUUCCUCCAUUGUGUCAGUCAAUGAGUUGGAAGCCGGCAGCACUUACAGCAAGCAUGUGUACUUACUCCAAACAGAGGGAAUAGUGGUUUGUUUCUAAUCUUAGCAGUAUGCAGAGAUACAGUGAAAAGAGUGGACAUUUCAUUUGUUACUUACCUAACAAGUUACUAAGCAAAAUAAAGUCAAAAAGAUGAUUAACAGAAAAAAGAUAGCAUCUUUUAUCUCUCCUAUUAUUUUCUUUUAUAUUCACCUACCACUGUUUUCUGUUGAACACUAUGUAUUGCUCCCCAAUUUUUUUCUGAUUUUCAGUACUCCGGUCUUUGUCCUUCCACUACCACUUUUACUUUAGCUCAGAGCCAAUUACACCCUAUUGCAACAUCUUGCUUUAUGUUUUUCUCAUCAUGUUACUUUAGUACAUGGUACACAUGAAUAAAACAUUUUCUUUUGGUCUUUGCUUCUCACUCAUUUGUUUGUCUUAUCUGCUGCUGUUUUUUUUGUUUCCCUGUCCUGGUCCUUUUUGCCCCUUGUUAGUUUACCUCUUUUUCACAGCUUUUUGUUAAAAAUGUUUUACUUCUCCCUUGGCCAGCUCUUUCUCUUAUUUCUGAAUCAGAUUUCAUUGCAUUUAUUUUCUGUAUCCAUCUCCGCAGGUAUACAUCGUGCCUACUUGGCCUUAUACUGAAACAUUGUAACCAAUUAUCUAUUUCACCACUGAUAAGAAUACCUUCAAUCCAAAUAAUCUUCUUCACAAGCACACACUAAGCUGAUUUAGCAGAAUGAUUCUAAUUUCAAAAGGAUGUGUGGUAUAAAUAUGGUAUUAUUAGGAUAUUUCAUUAAUAGUAUUUGGAAUUUUUGAAUUUUUAUGCGCUUAUCCAAGUUUCAGUGCAGUGGAAUUGAUGUGCAUGUUAACAAUUCUAUUUUAUGUAAAUAAUGACAUUUUCCUAGAAUAUUUUGUACAAGUGCUGUAAAAGCCUGAAUAAAGUGGAAAAAUAUGCA